CCCGCCCCCAGCCUUGAGGCGUCCGGUCGCUGGUCCCCGCGCCAGCAUCUCCCGCUUCCCUGCGGCGGCGAGAGCCCGCUGGCCUUCGGCUCUUGCAGGGGGCGCGGCGGGGACGCAGAGGGGGCGGGGAGGACCCGCGACGCCCCGCCCCCCUCCGCGCUCCGGCGGCUUAGCCUGUCCCUUGGGGACCCGGUCCCGAGGCCGCUCGGACAGCAGGCCGGCGCUGCCCGCAGGUGGCUGCGGCGGCGGCAGAGCCACCGGCCUCAUGGUGGGUUUCGGGGCCAACCGGCGGGCCGGCCGCCUGCCGUCCUUCGUGCUGGUGGUGCUGCUGGUAGUCAUCGUCGUCCUUGCCUUCAACUACUGGAGCAUCUCCUCCCGCCACGUUCUGCUUCAGGAGGAGGUGGCCGAGCUGCAGGGCCAGGUCCAGCGCACCGAGGUGGCCCGUGGGCGCUUGGAGAAGCGCAACUCGGACCUCCUGCUCUUGGUGGACACGCAUAAGAAGCAGAUCGACCAGAAGGAGGCCGACUACGGCCGCCUCAGCAGCCGGCUGCAGGCCAGGGAAGGCCUGGGGAAGAGAUGCGAGGAUGACAAGGUUAAGCUACAAAACAACAUAUCAUAUCAGAUGGCAGACAUACAUCAUUUAAAGGAGCAACUGGCUGAGCUUCGUCAGGAGUUUCUACGACAGGAAGAUCAGCUCCAAGACUACAGGAAAAAUAACACAUACCUUGUAAAGCGGUUAGAAUAUGAGAGUUUUCAGUGUGGACAACAGAUCAAGGAGUUAAGAGCACAACAUGAAGAAAAUAUUAAAAAAUUAGCAGAUCAGUUUUUACAGGAACAAAAGGAGAACCAUAAGAUUCAAUCAAAUAAUGGGAAAGAAGUGGGUAGAAAUGAUCAUGUAGCACCUAAAAAUAUUCCAAAUGUGCCUGAAAAUGAUGCAAAUAAGAAUGAGGAUCCCUCAAGCAAUCAUCUUCCACACGGGAAAGAACAAGUCAAACGAGUUGGUGAUGCAGGGAUGCCUGGAGUAGAAGAGAAUGAUCUAGCAAAAGUUGAUGAGCUUCCUGCUGCUUUAAAGAAGCCCCCUGUGUUAGCUUCUCAACAUGAAAGUCAUCAGACAAUCUCCCAUCUUCCAACUGGACAGCCUCUCUCACCAAACAUGGCUCCAGGUUCACAUCUAAACCAGAAUGAAAAUCCCAGUACUUCAAAACAGAACCCUUCAAAUCCUCUUCAGCACAUAAUUCCAGGCCCAAACCUGGAGCGGGAACCCAGAAUUCAAACAGACACACUAAAGCAGGCCACCAGGGACAGAGCCAAUGAUUUCCACAAGUUGAAGCAAAGCCGAUUCUUUGAUGAAAAUGAAUCCCCUGUUGAUCCGCAGCAUGGCUCUAAACUGGCGGAUUAUAAUGGGGAUGAUGGUAACGUAGGUGAGUAUGAGGCAGACAAGCAGGCUGAGCUGGCUUACAAUGAGGAAGAAGAUGGUGAUGGUGGAGAGGAAGACGUCCAAGAUGAUGAAGAACGAGAGCUUCAGAUGGAUCCUGCAGACUAUGGCAAACAGCGCUUCAGUGAUGUCCUUUAAGUCUAAGGGAUUCCCGAAACCCAAAGUGCUGUGCAGCAGAUUAUCUCUACUUGUCAAUUUUGACUUUUGUUGUAAAGAUCAGUUGUAUCAGUUGCAAAGAUACAUUGAGAUAGGUUUAAGGAAACUUUAAUGAAGGAAUGUACCAAUGUACAUAUGUGAACUUUUUCAUAUUAUAUUAUCAAAGCAGAUACUUUUUUUGGUUAUGACACAGCUGGGCCAAAAACAGUUAAUCUUUGCAUUUUAAAGCAAACUAAUGUAAAUUUCACAUUUUAUUGAGCCUAAUUUUUUUUCCACAAAGAGACAAACAGGAACAAAUGGUUGUACAGGUUAUAUGCUGCACAUAGCAGAACCACAAUGAGAAGUUAUUUGUCUGAAAAGUCUACACUAAUACAUUUUUGUUACCCCAUAGGUGUCCUCUACUACCCCUCAUUUAACACUCUUGAAGAAGUUAUGCUAGAAUAGUUACACAGAAGUGGGGAGGCUGGAUGCCAAACAAUGGGCACAUGUACAGAAUGGCCUCCUAAUCCUUUUAUCUUACAUGGGCGCUGGUGUGAUCAGGCUGAGGCCUGAUGAAAGCCUAGGUCAUCAUUACCAUAUUUAUCAGUUGUUCCUUACUUGGUUCUUGAAGUUGUGAAAUGCAUGGUUGACAAUGUAUUUUUAUUUUUCAAGUAAUACCAGAACUGUUUAACUCUGGUCAGCACUGGCUAAAAUUCUUUAUAUUUUUAGAGUUCAAGCUGAUGAAUACAUUGACCAGUUAAGUGUCAAAUCCUGAGAGAGACUGAAACCACUUUGAAAUGAGUCCACAAUCAGUACAGCAAAGCUUUUCUGGUAGUUUUAAUGAUCGUAUUUGAUUAGACUUUUCCAGAACUACUAAGUAAUGGAUUUUAACAGGUUUUUAUUAAUGAAGAGAUGACUAGAAGUACCGUGAAGUCCACAGCUGUUUUACUGAAAUAGCUGAAAACUUUGUAAUAAAAAUGAAUAUUUGUAAUUAAUGUUAGUUAAGAACCCACCAAUCUCAUUUGCUAGACUUGCAGAAUUAUUUUCAGUGCAUUGUAUCUUUUGACAUUAUUCAUUAGGAUAUAUAAGCUAGCUAAUCCUUGUUUACUGAUUUCAAGCACUUUUAAUUUUUUGUGUUCCCUAAAAAUUAAAGGUGUUGAUCAUCAGGGGGAAAUGUAAGGCUGUUAAUCCCAAGGCUAUUAUUCCUUUUUUUUUUUUUUUUUUUUAAAGAAGGGCUGCUAUUUAAUUACACAUAAACAUGAAAUACUGGAGAGUGACUGUAGCUCAGAUGUGUGAGGCCUGGGUUUGAUUCUAACAUUGAAAAACAGCAAACAAGUAAGUAGAAAUGAAAAGUCCCCACACUAAGGCUCUAAUGGAAAUACUAGCAGAAGUAUUAUUCACCUGCUGAAAUCGGAAGUUCUUACAGUUCAGGCCAAAGUUAUUUAAUGGCCAGGAAAAGAUGGAAUAAUUUAUUAAAAUUUGUUUUUCUACUAUAUCAGAUUAUAAACCACUGGGCAUAUAUCACAUCUGCAAUCCUAGUAUUGAGGAAACAGAAACAGGUGUGUCCCUGAGGCUCAUUGAAUAGCUGUCUUGGCCUAAUUAGCAAGUUCCAGGUCCCAAUAAGGGACAAUUGUUCUUGAGAAACAACCUCCCCUCCAUCCCCCCGCCACACACACACACACACACACACAAGCAGGUUGACCCUCUGGCCUCCAUGUGUACUCAGGAACACCUGCACCUACACGAGCACACACACACACACCAAGAAACUCAACAGUUCAUGCUUUUGUUGUCAGUAAAGUUAGGCCUCUGCAGUAAAAAAUAUGAUUCACAUUAAAAUGCAGUGAAAGAGGAGUGACGCCUAACCACGGCAUUAACAAGGGGAGCUGAGCCUGCAAAUGCCAAGUAAUACUCCAUACUUGAUACUUGAUACUGUAGAACUGAACAGACAAAACCGUAAAGACGCCUGCUGGUUCCAGUGGCAUAAAAAUGGUCACUUGGUUUUAAGGUACCUGUCUAUCUUUAUAUGGCAAAAACUUCAAUUAGCAGCCUAGACAUUUUAUAAACUGAGGAAUCUUGGACCAAUUGAUAAUAUUUCUGACUGUAUUAACAUUUUAGUGCUAUAAAAUACUAUGUGGAUCUCUUUAAAUUGUGACGUUCUACAGUCUGUAUUAGUUAUGCUAUUUUGUUCUGUUUACAGUGUUUUACUUCUGCCUUAAGAUUAAGGAUUUUUAUUUCAUUUUGUUUUAUUUUAAUAUAUUUUUGCCCUGAAUUAAGUGAUAAUUUGAUAGGAACUCUGCUUUUUUAAAAAAAAAAAAUCAUCACUUUCUGGGUUCUAAUAAAUUAAAAGUUAAACUCGU